CUUCCCUCCACUUCAAAACUUCAGAAGAGUCUUCAACUGGAAAAACCCCAGAAGUAAGUAAAGAGGCAAAACCCUACACCAAAACCACCCUUUUCGCCGCCGGGGCGACGGCGACCGGGGCCGUUGCCUGAUGGUAACGGCCGCUAAUGUCGCCAAGCUCCUGUCUUUCUCCCGACCCAUGAUUCUCGCGUUAACUUUCCCUCGAGGGGUCCGAGUUCCGGGAGGCCUCCUGUUCUUCGCGGGCUCCUCCACCUCUUGCGCUCGGCUCGAGGAUGUGAGCGAGUCUGGCGACGAUCGUGACUAUGCCGAGUCCAAGCGGAUGAUGGAGCGUUUUGCGUCCCAAGGCCAGCUGGGGAGAGCGCUCGAGGCGUUGAAUUCGAUGGGCUGUGUGCCCGGGAAGCCGACGGCGUACGAUUACAAUGCCUUGAUGUACCGUUACCUGAAAUCGGGAGAUGUAGUUCUGGAGGAGUUGGCUGGAGUGUAUCAUGGAAUGACGAGGUUCGGCCCCGCACCCAAUGCUCUGACUUUCAAUACGCUUCUGAAUGGGAUGUUGUCUCUUGGGCGCUUGAAAGAUGCGUGCUUCCUUGCUCAGGAGAUGAGGGAGUGGGGCUUCUUGCCCUCGUUUAGUUGUUUGUCCAAACUGUUGAAGAAAUCGCUGGGAUUGGGGAGCUUGGCUGAUGCGCUCGAAGUGUUUGAAUUAAUGCUCGAGUGUGAGUAUCACCCCACGGAACCAAUGUUGAGAUCCUUGAUCUCUAUGCUUUGCAAAAGAGGGAUGGUCCAGGAGGCCCAUCGAGUUGUGUCCACUCUUUUCGACAGAGGUCAUGUUUGUUGUAUCUACAGUUGUAAUCCGAUUGUCUGGGCUUUGUGCAAGUCUGGCCACAGUUAUCGUGCUCUGGCGUUGUUAUACUGGCUGAAGAAGAGAGGUAUUCAUCCUAAUGUUUGCUCGUACACGGCUUUGGUUUAUGGAUUUAGCAGGGAACGGUUGUGGGAGGAAGCUUUUCAAUGCUUUGAUGUCAUGAAAUGCGAUAGAUGCAAAGCUAAUGUGAUAACUUACACUGCUGUUAUGAAGUUUCUUUGUGAUGAUAAGCGGAUUGAAGAGGCAUUAGCGCUUUUGUCCAAGAUGGAUAAGGAAGGAUACUGUCCAGAUUUGUACGCAUACAAUAUCAUUCUCCGGGAAUUGUGUCGUCUGAAUAGACUCAGCGAUGUUAAAGAAGUUCUUGGGAUGAUUGAUGAAAGGGGUCUUUCACCUGACCCGUACACAUAUUCUGCUUUGGCCGAAGGCCUAUUAAAAGUCGGCAGAGUAAGGAUUGCAUGCGAUCUGUUAUGUGAUGCAAUUUCUACGGGCUGUAGCCUGGAUAUUUGUGCAUAUAAUAUAUACUUGUUGUGUCUAUGUCGUACUAACAAAGCCAAGGAAGCUUUGUCUGUCCUGGAAUGUAUGAUGAGAGGGGGGGUUGUUCCAAAUACUGUUUCGUUCAACACAAUUUUGAGUGGUUUCUGUAACGAAAACAGUAUUGAUGAGGCUUUACAGAUUUUGGACUGUUUUAAAUGGAAUGGCAGUGGACCAGAUGUAGUUUCUUUCAAUACAAUUUUGUCUAAAGCAUGCAGAGAGGGAAACUCUGCAAUGAUUAGAAGGGUCUUGUACCGUAUGGAGUACGAAGGCAUUAAGCUUAAUGUUGUUGGCUCCACUUGCUUGAUUAAAUAUUUUUGUACAGUUGGAAAAUUUUCAGAGUCUUUUAAGCUAUUGGAAUCCAUGAUGUGUACUGGACCCAGACCGACAAUUGUUACCUUAAAUGUGCUUUUGGAUAAACUUUGCAAGAAUAAGCUACUUGCAACUGCUCACUGGAUCUUCUGCAGCAGCAGUCAUGGCAUUCUUCCUGAUAUUACCUCAUACAAUAUUCUCCUAAAUGCAAACGUGGAAAUGAAAAAUUAUGCAAUGACUGGUAAGCUUCUCACGGAUAUGCAUAAACAGAAACUAAAUCCCAAUGUUGUCACAUAUGGUACCGUGAUUAAGCAGCUCUGUGAGGAAGGAAAGAUUUCGGCUGCUCUUCAACUCAGAGAUCAAAUGAUGAAAAAUGGGCUUACUCCAAGUAUUGCAAUCUACAACACCAUAUUAGCUGCCAUGUUUCGGAGAGGGAAGUUCUCAGAUGCUAACAGAUUAUUAACCGCGAUGAUCAUGGAAGGGUGUGAGCCUAGUGAAAUUACAUUCAGAAUUCUUAAUCGAACCACAUCCAAGGGUUUUUUGAAGAGGUUUCCAAAGAUUGCCAAACUUCUUGAGUUUGCCAUCUCUAAUCAUCCUAAAAGUGAAUGCCAUGGAUGAUUAUUGGCAUAGUUUCUUCACAUUAAGAAUCUGGCUGAAGUGUGGAAGAAGUUGCACUUGCAAGUGGUGUGUCCUUUACCUGCUUUGAGGCUGUCCAUAACCUGCAUUUGCUUCUUCAGCUGGCUGUGAGCCCCACAGAUAAGUUUGGACCCAUCAUUUAUACCAAAGAUGAAGAAUUGGUGAGCAACUCUGCCAGAUUGGGUUACACUAGCACCUGGAGAUGUUGGAUCCUUUACAUUUCUCGCACCUUGUCCGAUGGAGACCCAUGUCCGUAGUGAUGAAGCUUGAAAGUUGACUUAUGGCAUAUGGGAUGAAAAUGGUCUGUGAAAUGAAAUGAAGCUUCAAGGGAUAUAAGAAGAUGACAAUGGAAACCCUCAACUUAUUUUGAAAUCUUCUACUAGAUGCGGAAGUAUAGCAGCUCUGGAUCAAUAUCUGCCUGGAGCCUGGGCGGGGAGGGAAAUUUGGGGAGGAGACCUGCAGUAUGUUUUGCACUUUCCCAAUAUGACGUAUGCUUGGCAAUGAGGCUCUCAUGUUUAGCAUCUCCAUUGAGAUUUUUACCAGUCUUGUCAUUUAAGAUAAAAAUUUUGCCCUUUCUUUCUUUCCCUACAAUCUCCUUGAAUGCCUUCUUUUUGAAGGUCCAAUUUCCAGUUUUCAGGUUGAAAUGAUAGAGCGGAAGGAACCUCUGGCCAAAAGAGGCUACAAAUUCCAAUGCAGCAAUGAUGUACUCAAACUCCUCCUCCGAAAGGUAGUAGGGAAAGCUGACUCUGGUCCAUCCAGGCUUCACUCCAGCAAAACCCUGUUAUAAAGGAAAGAGAACAAGCAUCUUACCUUUUGAAUGGCACAUCUAAAUGCAUGGGACUGAGCUUCACUGAUGCCAAGUAGGGCAUGACCAUAUGGACUGGCACAAGCGCACCCGCCUCUCGCUUGAAUGCCAAAGAGGUCAUUGAGGAGAGUGGCAACAAAAGGUCCAUGGAGAGGCUUGCCUCUUUCGUUCCCCAUUUCUCCCCACAGUUCCUCCUCCACAGGUUGAUGGGGAAAUAAUCCAAGCCGAUAGAGAGCCUUGCUCAUGAGCAGGAUUCCCGGAGACCCAGGUCCACCGAGGAACUUGUGCACACUCAGGAAGAUAGCAUCAUAACCGUCGACUUCCCCCGAUCUCAUGUCGAUUUCCACAUAAGGUGCACUGUUCAAAAUUGUAUAGUCUUGUAACAUUUCCUCAGUUAAGUGCAAACGGUUUUUUUUUUCUUUGGGAUUAUCUAUUUGAAUAAAGAGUUCUCCGAUUGAGUUAGAAA